AUGGUCCUCGUCACCAUUCCCGACCCACACUUAUCGCGCUUUUACAACACUCGUUCACAACGCCUUGCAUGCAACCGUCUUCGACUGUCUGAGACCCUCGAAUUCGUCAAGGUCAAACGCCGCGUUGUUUACAAUAUGGCCGCGGCAGGCGCGAGGGCGCAAAAACCCGUCGGUUCGGCACCAUGGAUCGCAGCCGAGAAGGAAAACAUGGCCGACCUAGUGGAACAAGAGAUGGAAGAGGUGGAAUAUCCAGUUCGACAUGAAAUGGCAUGGCUGAACGAACAUAUGACAGAGAUCUUCUCGAAGGGUCAGACGAGCUUUGCGGACGUUUUCAAGACACCAGGAAAAAUGCGGGGCAAGACACCUCGCACUGCCCGGAAGCGUGCGCCCGAGGAGUCUCGAGUGCCCUUGAGUGAGAUAUUCUCCUCGGCCCAGAAGCAGGUCGAGAACCAUGCAAGCCCUAGCCCAUUCAUCCAUCGCGUGGUUUCCAAGACCGCGGCUGCGCCAUCGUCCCCUGUGCCCCGCACCAAGGACGCGACAGAACAGGCGUCGCAACCCGAAUACCCGGAUCUGACCGAAAAUAUGAACUCUUUCCCCAAAUACAACACAGACUCGGGAUACAACGGUAUGCCCGAGGCAGAAGAAGUGGUAUUACCUGACGUGCAACCAGAAUCACAGGCUUCCACCCAGCCUGCUACUCAGCCUCUGGAGCAGGAUGAGCCAAUGGGCAUGGACACUGAGGAAGUCGACGCGUCCGUUGUCCAACAAACGAACGAGGAAUCAUUCCACUCCGCGCGAGAGGAUGUCUUUUCUCGAGCAGGGACCGUCGAACCCACAAUCAAGGAACCCACCCCACCACGGGAGCAACCAACGGCUCCAACCCAAUCAGCCCACAAAGAGCCUAGCGCUGAACCAAGUGCGACUCCAGUCAAGAAAACGAAAUCAAAUACAAAGGCCAAGGCAACGGAAAAGCACCAAGAGAAAGAGCCCGAACCAAUCGAACCUGUCAAGCUUGCAUCAACUCCCGACCCGUCGCCAGAGAAAACACCAGUGGCCCCCGUGACAUCGACAACUGAGGCUGAAAAACAACCCGAGGACGAAGUCAUGGAGGAUGUUGCGGAAGACCACGCAAAUGAAGACACAGCUCUCGAUAAUCUUGAUGAUAUUGGCUCUCCCUCGGACGGGUCUACCCCUGAGAGGUUGCCUGUUCGCAAGAGUAGUCUGAGCUUUGCGUCUCUGCCCGCGAGAGAACCAUUGAAGAGCUUGGGUGGCUCGAGGCUUUCUCGCACAAGUCAUAUUGACCUGUCAAAGAUGAACAGCACUCGCACCAGUCACUUCGGUAGACAGACUGGUAGCCACAGGGUGACUCAAGUGGAAGAAAACCACAGCUCCGGGGCUAUGGACCUUGAUCAUGAGAAGGAGCCCAGCGAUGAGGUGGAGUCCGAAGAGGUGACCAGGAUGCACAGCAAAAACUCUACACAGACACUUCACGAGAGAAUCAGCAUGUUGGGCAAGCUGCAGCCUGUGUCCCGACCGCGGAAGUCGAUUCCCUCUACCGGUGCCCCAGCUGGCCAGGUUUCCUAUCCGGAACUUCCUGCUUCUAAGAAUGAACCCAAGCCGGAGGCUCCUGGCCACAAGACUAAAGAAAUUCCUGUGUUGGAGCCCACCCCGGCUGAUGAUGACUGGAUCAAGCCUCUGAGCUCUCCUCAGCGGCCUGAUCUUUCAAAGAGUAAAACCACAGAUAUCAUGGAGAAGCUCUCCGAGCUCGAGAAAGAGCGAGCAGCAGAAAGGAAGAACCUACCGAGAACAGAGCCCGAGCGUCCGAAAUCCUCUGCCUCUAUUUUCUCAUCUCCACGGCCACAUGGACACCAGCAGAGCGCCUCUUUGUCUCAAAUCCACGCCGAUGUAUCUACGACGCCGACAGGGUCUCCUCGACGCUUCGACGGUCCUAUCAGUGCUUCUAAGCUCCGACUACACUCUAUCAUGAAGUCAGCCAAAGGUUUGUUCUCGAGCACUGGGAAUACCCCGAAGUUAGAACCUUCUUCGCCAGAGCUACCCCGUCCCCACUCGAGUGCCAGUGUCUUCGGCAAGAAGUUUGAAUACGACUCCCAGCCAGUCCUACCCCCUAGCCCUACACGCCAGGAAGGACGCCGCACACGAAGCUCGACCGAGAAGGAAGAAAAACGACGACAGCACCAGCGAGAAGAGCAAGAAAGAGAGGAACAGGAGGAGCAAGAAGAAGAAGCGCGUGCCGAAAAAGCCCGUGAACAAGAAAAACAAAAGGCCAUUCAACUGAAGGCUGCUCAGAGCAAAUCUUCAAUCGAACCAGAAGAGAGACCAGGGCCCUCGGUACAGAAGAAUCCCCAGUCACAACGGCAACAAUCGCGCGAGCCUGAAUCCUCUCGGGAUGCUAGUUCGAGAUACGCUAUCCCUCAACCCAAGCAAAACGAGCGCCGCCCCCUCAAGCCAACCCGGGAGACUUUGCAGAAACCGACUCCGCAGCCAAUGUCGAUCCGUGUGGGCAGUACCCUAUCCCGUCAGAUCCCGAUGCCUUCAUCUUCAGUCGCACAAGAAUCAAGCGUUCAGGUGGCUGUGCCUGCUGCUGCACCCAAGCCAACUCUAAAAAAGAAGGGUAGCAACACGUCCUUGCAUACGGCAUCUUCCGCGGGCAGCUUCAAGGGCUCGAUCUCCAGCCAGACACAAGCAGCCCAGCGCAAGGCCCAAGCAGCCAGCAAGAAGGAGCAAGAGGACCGUCGCAAGGAGGAACAGAAGCGUGAGAUUGAGCGCAAACGUGCCGCCCAGCAGGAAGAGGCUCGUCGACAAGAAGAGGCACGUCGACAGGGAAUGAGGAGUCGUGCCGAAAGUCGUGCCGAAGCUGACCGGGAGCGCCGUGAACGCUCUGCUCAGGAAGACCCCAAGAGGGCCGCUCAGAUGGAAGCGAUCAGACGGCGCCAGCAAGAAAAUGCACGUGGCCAUGCCAGGCAAGGUAGUCAGCAGAUCGUCACCGAGGGCCCUGUCCUUCAGCACGAAAAGCCAACUCCCCAGUCAUCCCAACGUAGUGACUUGGGUGCUUCUCGCCCUCCAUCCCGCAUCGGGGGUUCUAUCCAGCCACACGGCCGGAUUAACCCACCCGCACCCAACCCUGCCAAGCCACCCAAGAGGGUUUUGAACGACGAAAGUAGCCAACGACCCGCGGUGUCCAAGCCCAGCAAUGUUCAAUCAACCGGCGAUGCCAAGCGGCGCAAGACAGAUGAUGAGCACAAUCCCAUGCCACCUGUGCGUACCAUCGUGCCCGGUCAAUCGAUGUCUGGACAACCGAUGCGUCAGUCGUAUAUCAGAAAGCCCUCUAUCUCUACAUUCAGUCACGGACAGUCCUCUGUGGCGCACCAGUCGGGCUCCUCUAUCUUCAAAAACAGUGCCCCACAACGUCCUGCUCACCCCGGUGAGAUGAGCAAGUUCGCGACCGGCAAAAUUCCCUUCGCCGAGUCCAACCAUGCGCCUCCCCCGGCUGCGUACAAGGCGCCCAACUCCGCCCAGCGCCCAGCAGCCAAGCCAUCUCCCAAAUAUCCGAGUGGUGAGAACAUUCAUCUACCAGAGAUCAACACAGAUAGCGAAGACGACGAUGACUCCGACUCUGAGAUGUUCCCCGUGCCCAAGUGGGCGCAACCCAAGGAGCUGGAGGGUCUUCUCCGACAGCAAGAUGGCAUGGAAGUUGACUCGAUCUUCGGGCCCAUUGCCCCCUUCUCGUUGGAGGAUACCUUCAAGGCAGAUAAGAAGAUCAAGAAGUAUCGCGAUCGAACCAGCAGUGCCAACUGGUCUGGCCCCGAUGGACUUACCCAAGAGGAGAUCCGAAAGGAUGUCGCAGACCGACAACGGCUGCGCCUCAAUGGCGGUUGGAGCUUCAACUAA